AUGUCCAGUGGCGAAAGUGACUUCAGUGAAACACCAAUCGUUAGUGCUGCACCGACGAUGAGCUCCCGUGAGACGGCGGCCAACGUAAUGCUGACCGAUUCCGAGAACACAAACAACGAGAACCGGGUAAUAGAGAUGGAGUCAAAUCCGGGCGCGGAAAAUACCGAGGAUGCUCCGGCGGGCGAAGUGGAAGAAGCGGUGACGCCCUCCACAGAACCGGCUGGCGCGGCUGUCCCCGAUGUGGAAAAGAUUGAUGAGCCUGGGAAGGAGCAACCAGCGAAGUCCGAUGAAACGGAUGCUUCCAAUACGGAGAAAGAUCAGUACGCGGAACAUGUCACGUACAACGAGACAGGAGAAGCCAUUUAUACGGAUCCGGCCACGAAGUUUCAGUACCGUUGGUGUAAGGAGAAAAGUGAAUGGGUUCCACUGGACGGAACGGCAGCGUCCGACACAGCAGGUGAAACACCGUCUGACAAUCCGUACGAAAACGAACACUAUCGGUGGUGCCACGAGAAGAAAGAGUGGAUCCCGAAGCAGGAAAUUCCAACCGAGACGGAGUUUCAUCGGUGGGAUGAGAAGGCGCAAAAGUGGGUUCCCAAAGAGCAGCCGCAAACUGGAUCCGAAGAGUACCGUAAUGAGGAUGGUGUUAAUACGUACACGGAUAAGGACGGUGCGGUGUACUUUUGGGACGUGGAACGGAAAGGUUGGUUCCCCAAGGUGGAUGACGAUUUUAUGGCGAUGUAUCAGCUGAGGUAUGGGUUCAUCGAUAACACCUCGGGCGGAAGUGUUGCUGCUGCUGUCACACCUAAGGUACCCACCGGUGAGGGAUCGGCAACGGUGAGACAACUCCCCGUCCUCCAGCACGUGGAUUCGGAUGACGUUGAUGAACAGGAGGAGACACAACGGGCCGCUCCGAAGGGCAAGAAACGGAAAGCACCGCCGGAACCACCGAAGUGGUUCGAUAUGGCACCGGAGCAUAAUACGAAGGUGUACGUGUCCAAUCUGCCGAUGGACAUUAGUGAGGAAGAGUUCGGUGCAGUGAUGGGCAAGUGUGGUAUGGUGAUGAAGGAUCCCAAGACGCAUAAGCUGAAGUUGAAGCUGUACCGUGAAGCGGAUGGCACUCUAAAAGGUGACGGACUAUGUCACUACAUAAAGAUCGAGUCCGUGGAUUUGGCGCUGAAAAUUCUCGACAACUACGAUGUGCGUGGCCAGAAGAUCAAAGUGCAGCGGGCCGAAUUCCAAAUGCGCGGUGAAUACAAUCCAACCCUCAAGCCAAAAAUGCGCAAAAAGGAGAAGGAACGUCUGAAGAAGAUGCAGGAAUCGCUGUUCGACUGGCGCCCGGAAAAGAUGCGUGGCGAACGGUCGAAGCACGAGCGUAUCGUCAUCAUCAAGAACCUCUUCGAGCCGUCACUGUUCGAUCGCGAGGUGCAUCUGCUGCUCGAGUACCAGAGCGAUCUGCGCGAGGAGUGUGCCAAGUGUGGCACGGUCCGUCGAGUGCUGCUGUACGACCGGCACCCGGAAGGGGUGGCCCAGGUAACGAUGGGUGACCCGGACGAGGCCGACCUGGUGGUGCAGAUGAUGAACGGACGCUACUUCGGCCAGCGAAAGCUAACGGCCGCGAUCUGGGAUGGGCGAACAAAGUACCGCAUUGCUGAAACUGAUGCCGAUAUUGACAAGCGGCGCGGCAACUGGGAGGAGUUCCUCGACACGGAUGAAGGGGCUGAGAAGCGGGUGGAAACUGUGGACGAUUCGUCACCGGCUGCGAAGGGAAAGGAUGAUGGUGUUCCGCCGGAAAUGAAGUUGGACGACCGAAAGGAACAACUUCCGGCGGUAAAAAGCGAAGACAUCGUGGAGGAGACGGAGAUUAAAGAGGACGAAGAUGCCGAGGACGAGGCAGCGGAAGCGAAGGAUGCCGAAUCCGUUUAG